AGCUGCAAUGGAAAUUUCGUUGAAUUCUGUUCAAUGACAAUAAAUGCUAUCUAUCUUCCUGUAAACUUCUGACUGAAUCCACAGGUUCACUUUUACUAAACCAAAGACAAUGGGAUGUUAAACUGAAGGAAAAAACAAAUCCACGUGAACAGCAACAAAGCGGACAUGCAACUUGGGCUGUUGAGGAUGAUGAUGAUGAUGAUGAUGAUGAUGAUGAUGAUGAUGAUGAUGAUGAUGAUGAUGAUGAUGAAGGUGAAGAUUGGAGCGACUUCCUGUCAGGAACAGAGACUUCCUGCUGCUCAUCUGGUUUUACAACAACAUGGAAAGGAACGUGGGACAGGAAUCAGGACAGACGUGAGGACAGAUAGGUGGACAGACGUGAGGACAGAUAGGUGGACAGACGUGAGGACAGGAAUCAGGACAGACGUGAGGACAGAUAGGUGGACAGGCGUGAGGACAGAUAGGUGGACAGACGUGAGGACAGGAAUCAGGACAGACGUGAGGACAGAUAGGUGGACAGACGUGAGGACAGGAAUCAGGACAGACGUGAGGACAGAUAGGUGGACAGACGUGAGGACAGAUAGGUGGACAGACGUGAGGACUGAUAGGUGGACAGACGUGAGGACAGGAAUCAGGACAGACGUGAGGACAGAUAGGUGGACAGACGUGAGGACAGGAAUCAGGACAGACGUGAGGACAGAUAGGUGGACAGACGUGAGGACAGAUAGGUGGACAGACGUGAGGACAGGAAUCAGGACAGACGUGAGGACAGAUAGGUGGACAGACGUGAGGACAGGAAUCAGGACAGACGUGAGGACAGAUAGGUGGACAGACGUGAGGACAGAUAGGUGGACAGACGUGAGGACAGAUAGGUGGACAGACGUGAGGACAGAUAGGUGGACAGACGUGAGGACAGGAAUCAGGACAGACGUGAGGACAGAUAGGUGGACAGACGUGAGGACAGGAAUCAGGACAGACGUGAGGACAGAUAGGUGGACAGACGUGAGGACAGAUAGGUGGACAGACGUGAGGACAGGAAUCAGGACAGACGUGAGGACAGAUAGGUGGACAGACGUGAGGACAGGAAUCAGGACAGACGUGAGGACAGAUAGGUGGACAGACGUGAGGACAGAUAGGUGGACAGACGUGAGGACAGAUAGGUGGACAGACGUGAGGACAGGAAUCAGGACAGACGUGAGGACAGAUAGGUGGACAGACGUGAGGACAGAUAGGUGGACAGACGUGAGGACAGGAAUCAGGACAGACGUGAGGACAGAUAGGUGGACGGACGUGCCUUCUGUCUCAGAGGGACUGUCUUCAUCUCAGCAGCUUCUGGUACUUGCUGCUCCGCAGUCGGGAGAGAAAACAGGACGAAAUUAUUCUGAUGAGCCAACAAGAACAUUUUAUUCAGAGUCGGAACCAAAACCCAGCAGAACUCUGGGUUUCUGUCCGAGUGAGACAUCUGUUGACUCGUCUGGUUUUCUGUCUCUUGCCGUCCAACUGGACCAAGUUGCUCUUCGCUCCGUCUCUCUGCCCUCCUCUUCCUCACCUGCCCUUUAAUUUAUUUUAUUGUUUUGAUGGAAAAUGCUACAUUGACCUAUUGAUCUGUGAUCGCUGCUGAUCCAAUGAUCCCACAGCAUGAUGCUGCCGCUUCAUCAGAUGUCAUUAAGUCAACAAACCAAACUUAAAGGCUCCACUUCCUCCUAACUUCUUCUGUUCUUCUGUUUUUUCCCCUUCAUUUCUUCUUCUGCAGAUGAUUCCUGAUGUUUUAUAAAAUCUCCUCAUCCUGCCGGCGUCUCGGCUCCUUUAACAGAACCGUUAGACGGAUCCAUGCGAAUUAAAGUCUUACCUCCAUCUUGUCCAUCAUGUCGAAGAAAUGAGCCGA